CCAUUCAGCUUUGACCAAAUUGCAUCCAUCCUGCUCCCGUCAUUGAUGGUAAUAGCAGGCUUCGCCGGCGACGAAGAUGGGCCUCUGCACCUCUUCCAGCGCUGCCAGCCCCGCUGGCCCCGCGGGAAAUAAAGAGAAGGGGAGGAAGGGCAGCGGCGGGUGCAGGGGGAUCAUUGCGUGCGGGAAGCGGACGGACUUCGGCUACGACAAGGACUUCGAGGCGCGGUACGCACUCGGGAAGCUGCUGGGACACGGCCAAUUCGGCUACACCUUCGCUGCCGUCGACCGCCAGUCCGAUGAGCGCGUCGCCGUCAAGCGCAUCGACAAGAACAAGAUGGUCCUUCCUGUUGCUGUUGAAGAUGUAAAGCGAGAAGUUAAAAUACUCAAGGCCUUACAUGGGCAUGAAAAUGUUGUACAUUUUUACAAUGCAUUCGAGGAUGAUAACUACAUAUAUAUUGUUAUGGAAUUAUGUGAGGGUGGUGAGUUGCUUGACCACAUAUUAGCCAAAAAAGAUAGCCGUUAUAGCGAAAAAGAUGCUGCAGUAGUUGUACGACAGAUGCUCAAGGUUGCAGCUGAGUGCCAUUUGCAUGGUUUGGUUCACCGAGAUAUGAAACCUGAGAACUUCCUCUUCAAGUCAUCAAAGGAGGGCUCCCCCCUCAAGGCUACAGAUUUUGGCCUUUCAGACUUUAUAACACCAGGGAAGCAGUUUCGUGACAUUGUUGGAAGUGCCUACUAUGUAGCACCAGAAGUGCUUAAGCGCAAGUCAGGGCCGGAAUCCGAUGUUUGGAGCAUUGGUGUUAUUACAUAUAUUCUGUUGUGCGGAAGACGACCUUUCUGGGACAAAACUGAAGAUGGAAUCUUUAAAGAGGUGUUAAAAAACAAGCCAGACUUUCGUCGGAAGCCUUGGGCAAACAUUACUCCAAGUGCUAAAGAUUUUGUACAGAAGUUACUAGUUAAGGAUCCCCGUGCAAGACUAACUGCUGCUCAGGCAUUAUCACAUGAAUGGGUCAGAGAAGGAGGGCAGGCAUCUGAAAUACCCCUGGACAUAUCAGUAUUGCAUAAUAUGCGACAGUUUGUGAAAUACAGUCGUUUCAAACAGUUUGCUUUAAGGGCAUUAGCAUCUACAUUAAAUCCAGAAGAACUGUCUGAUCUUCGUGACCAGUUCAAUGCCAUUGAUAUUGACAAGAGUGGAACGAUUAGCCUGGAAGAACUGAAGCAGGCUCUUGCAAAGGAUGUUCCAUGGAGAUUAAAGGGUCCUCGUGUUCUUGAAAUUGUUGAGGCGGUUUUGAAGACUCUUCAAGCUACGACGACACUCUCAAGAUGCGGAUUUGGAUUAUCAUUUUUUUUAAUAUUACACUUUGCAUUUGAGAGGGGGUGUUAAAGGAGUAUUAGUAUUGGUCUAGGAGUCUUUAUUAGUCUAUGUUUAGUUUCCUUACACCUCAAGUCAUAUGUAAUAUAUAUAUGCCUCUUGGGCCUUCAAUAAAGAUAAGUUGCUUUCCUAACAAAUAUAAAUGAAUUUUCCAUGCUGCAAACUAAAAAUUGCCAUGUUCCUAAAGAAUCAUGUUAUGAAGAUAAAAAGAAUCAUACAAUUAUCAUUUGACUAUCCAAAAAAAGUUUCAAAGUUUGCAAUGAUGUAUGCGGCACACUUCUCAUAUAAAAAUAAGUAGCUGUGCUACGGAAAUGUUUUUGCCAUGGUUUGUAUGAAAUUUUAAAAUUUGUCCAAAUAUUAAUUGCCGUGGUCGAAGGAAUUUCCCAUGGUCCACACAAGAAAAAGCAUGAAACUCAAAAGUUGCCAUGCUAUGAUGAACGAAAUUUGCCAUGGUUAAUUACUAAACUUAACAUGAUCAAAAUGAACAAUAUAGUUGCCAUGGUUAAUUAAUGAUAAACUACAAUUUUCCAUGAUCUAUGAACUAAAUUUGCCAUGGUCACUUGCUAAAUUUAACAUGAUCAACGAAAAAUAAAUUUGCCAUAGUUAAAUAAUGAUAUUUGCCAUGGUUGUUUGCUAAUGAUUGCCAUUGUCUUGGCAAAUAAAAAUUUAAAAAUUGCCAUGGCAAUAAAACGUUAAAAAUUGCCAUGGCAAUAAAACAUUAAAAUUGCCAUAGUCUUGGCAAAUAAAAAGUUAAAAACUGCCAUGGAAAUAAAACGUUAAAAUUGCGAUGGCAAUAAAAAGUUAAAAAUUGCCAUCCUACAAAAGAAAAAAUUGGCAUGUUCUGAAAAGGUGCAUGUUAUGAAGAUCAAAAAAUCAUACAAAUUUUUGCAAGGACAUAUAUACUGACCCAAUCAACCAAAACAUUCGAUCGGUCAUAUUUGCUUGAUUGAACAUGGAAGCAACAUUCGGUGAGUUGUAUUAGCAGCAAUUAUGAAUGUCCAAGAUUGGUUGGCACCACAACACUUGUAUUGAAAAGGCAGUGCAAAAGCAAUUGAAACAAAAUCAUAGUAAUACUGAAUCAAAACAGCGAUCGAUCAAUCAGACUAGCGCUUCAACAAAAAAAUCGUAGUGAUGACAUGGAGGAUGCAUCUUCUACCUAGAGCUUGCGGGGUCACGGCUGACGGCUCCGUUGAUCCACUCGGAGCAGAAGCCGGAGCGGCUGCCACCUAAAACAGAAGCAACCACCGGAAACAGAGGUACUCCCUCCGUUCACUUUUGUAAGUCGUUUUAGACAACUCAAAAUAGGCUGUUUUGCACAUUGUCUGAAAUGUCUUCAAGGUCUUAUAAAAGUGAACAGAGGGAGUAGCAAUUUUGAAGGUGGAUGAACUGAAAAAAUGAAAAGGGGUGAGGAGGAUGCUACCUACAGGUACGGGAUCAGAACACCUUGAGCAUCCUGUGUAGGUCCGGGAUGCUACCUGCAUGUAAAUGAAGUUGUGCGGCUCAAUGGUGUUGCUGAAGGCCUUGAGCAGCCUGGCGGUGUAGUUAGUGGCGACUUGUGCUUGCCUCGUUCGGUUUUGCCUGAACCCGUUGCUGUCUGAUCUGGGAUGCUGAAGGCCAGAAGCAGCAUGUCUGCCUGAUAACAUGCAUGGAGCGCGACGCCUUGUGUUGGCCAUGGCGGCAAAGACCACCUUGAUCACGUCCUCGUCACUGGCUUCGUUCACCCCGAAGCACCGCGCCUGGUGAUGGCCACGGUGGCAAUGACCACGUGUAUAGAGGCAGCCCCGACGCCGGCCGCAUUGGCACGGGCGCGCUCGGCUCUGCCCACGGCGGCACCUCGACCGGUUUGGCGACGAGCUUGCGGAGGGAGGUGUAUCCGAAGCGCGGCGCCGACUUGAUGGUCAGCGUUGGCGAAGAUCUCGCAGACAGGGACGACCUCGACGCACGCCGUGAUGGCGCAGGUGAGCAGGCGGCGCUCGGCCUCGGCCUCCGCCCACGACCGCACCUUUAGCCGGUUGCGCGGACCAGAAAUCGCGGUGGCAUGGGCUCACGCCGGCGAGGAGCACACGGAAGGAUUCGGCCCGCCACCAGGGACCAGUCGUGCUCUUGCGCCCCGCAGAGGCCACGCACGAGGUCCUCCAUCGCGGGAACGAGCUCCUCCCCACGCUGCCGGGGCAUCCACCGGACAAAGCUCCAACCGCCGCGGCCACGCACGAACUCCUCCGCCGCGGGCACGAGCUCGUCCCCACGCCGUCGGGGCGUCCACCACGCGAGCUCCUCCCGCCGUGGUGUCCGGCGACGCCUCCAGGGCAGCCACUCCACAGGAGCUCGGCCCGCCACCUGUGAUGUGGAGAAAGGGGAAAAAGUGCGUGAGCGGUGGAGGCAGGGGGAGUGGAUAACCCAAUGCGUUCGGUGGUCAUGUCGGUCGUCCCGAACGGUCAAAGAAAAUGACGUGGCAUUGUCCUCCUGCAUCAAGAUCAGUGCAGUCAUCCGACGGCUUAGGACGUGUUCGGGACGAGAUUCACAAAUACAGGUUGUUCGGGAGUUAUAGAUUCCGUAUCUCUUAUAUAUAGAUAAAGAUACAAACCCCAGCUAUAAGAAAAUAAAUGCAACUACAGAUAGAAUCUAUCAAGGAGGUUUGCAAAUAGAAUUGGUGGGACGCGCUCUGCUGUCAUGCCAGCGUCCAUACCUGCACCUACAGUGGUUUGCCUUUUUGUGUAACUAUGCAGCAAUGAUCAUCCAAAAAGAAAUGAAUAAAAGUCAUGCAGUUAAUCAACGCAAUUUCUACUUCAGAAAUUGAUACUUAUUUAUUUAUUUAUAGAAAA